AUGUCGACAGUCGUGCCUGCCGAGCACCCCGUCGCCUGCGAAGGCUGCAAGGCCUUCCCGAUCGUCGGUGUGCGUUACCAGUCGACCAAGGUGCCUAGCGUCGACCUCUGCAGGUUUUGCGUGUUGAAACCCGACUGGCCUCGUACGCACGGCCCGUUUGCCAUGCACAACGCACCACCAACGCACUCGGCACGGUGCGGCGGAUGCAACGUCUCGCCCAUCGUUGGACCGCUCGCGACGUCGACCAAGGACCCGGAGUUUCACAUGUGCCAUUUGUGCGCUCGCAGCGGCAAGUUCAACCGAGCACACGGUCCCUUUAACGUGUUGCACGGCACCGCCACGCACCACGGCACGACCUGUUUUGGGUGUCACGUGAGUCCGAUCGUCGGCCCGCGCGUCAUGUCGGAAACGAAGCCGACUGUUAAUCUUUGCGGGUCCUGCGCCGUCUCGGGGCGACACAAUUCGUCCCUCGGGCCCUUUCGCAUUCGCAUUGAGCCACCGUAUGUACACCCGGGCGUGGCGUGUCAAGGCUGCAAGGCGCCGUCGAUCGUGGGGCCGCGGUACCAGUCAACCAAGGACCCGACGACGGAUUUCUGCGCCCGCUGCCACGCCCAGCGCACCGACGUCUACGGUCCGUUUUUCGUGUGGCAGAUGCCGGCCGUGCACGAAGGCGUGAGCUGCUCCGAGUGCAACGUACUGGCGAUCGCAGGCACGCGCUACAAGUCGACACAAGACAACCUGUGUCCGAUGUGCUACAGCAGCGGCAAAGGGUCUGGCGAUUUCACACAGAUCGAAACGGCUGCCGUGCACGACAACGUUAGCUGCAGUGACUGCAGAACGAUGCCGAUCCGCGGGAUUCGGUACCGGUCGCUCUCGACCCGCAACUACAACUUGUGCCGGACGUGCGUCGAGAUCGACUCGUCGCGUGGACCGUUCCAGCUGCACUUGACGCCCAAGACGCGGACGACACGCAUGACGCCUUUGGGCACCGGCAUGCAUUUCCUGCUGGGCUUGGCCAUGGAUACGUACCGCGUGCACCACAUGGCCGAAGCACUUUUGGGCGAAAAUGGACUUUUCGGCGACGACGGACUCGACGAGUUUCAAGUUGAUGUCGGCGAUCCGAUGGAUCCGCUGUGGUCGAGUGACGGCGUGGAAGACGUGCACGGCACGACCAACCUGUACGAUGCCAUUGGCGAGCACUCGGGCACGCUCAGCAACCCGCACACCGUGGACGGAGCCGAUUGCGAUGGCAGCUUCGGCGAGAUUGUAGGCACCAUUCUGGAGACCGUUGGUGGCAUGGCCAGCUCGGUUUUUGGCGCUUUUUUUGGCUAG